AUGGUUGAAAUGUCAGUAUUUGCUGAAUAUGUAUUAGGGCUUUGUGAUUCUAGAAAUUUCUUAACUGAUUAUGAUGUACUGCAAGUAUCUACUUCCUCGUUAUGUUUUGGAAACCAAAUUCUUUUUCUUUUGAUUGCCUCAAAUUUCUACCAUUUCUUGGCCAUGCUGAUGAGUUUCUUGGAAUUGAUAAGAGUGAUGGCUUUUGGGGAUUAUGUGCAAAAACUGUCAACCCAUACAAACCAGAGAACAUGUAGUGACCUGUACGGGUUAACCAGAGGAUGGGAGAAUAAGCAACUUGUACUAGCAUUAGAUAUGGGAUGUUGGGAGAAUAAGCAACUUGUACUAGCAUUAGAUAUGGGAUGUUUCAAUUUUUGCUAUAAGGCUUUCAUUAUUCUGUUUAUAAUGGCACCUAGUAAGAAAUGGAUGAGUUUUUUCAAUGACCGGUUGAACGAACAAUAUAAAGAUGGUGUUCAAAAUUUUUUGAAUUAUGCAUUUCUCAAGACUGGUGAAGAGCAUAAAAUUAGAUGUCCGUGUGUCAAGUGUAAGAAUAGUGGUUAUAGAUCUCGUGAAGUGGUUGAAAUGCAUCUAUAUGUGUAUGGAAUUUUGCCAAAUUAUACAUUUUGCUUUGGUAAGAGUGGGUCUAAUAUUGGUACUUCAAGUCAUAUUGAGCAUGGAGAGGAACCAAAUGAAGAAGCAAAUGCAUUUUACUGGCUGUUAAAGGACUUUGAGCAACCGGCUUACCCAGGUUGUCAUACCUCUAAGUUAUCGAUUAUUGUCAAAUUGUUACAUAUCAAGAGCAUUGGUCGAUGGAGUAAUGAAUCAUUUGAUAUGUUGCUUCAAAUGUUAAAAGACAUACUCCCAUUAGGUUCAUCUUUGCCAGAAACAUAUUAUGAUGCCAAAAAAAUCAUUAGAGAUCUUGGUCUCUCUUAUGAAAAAAUAGAUGCAUGUGUUAAUAAUUGUAUGUUGUAUUGGAAAGGUGAUGAUGAGUUUGGUUCAUGCAAAAUUUGUGGUGCUUCAAGAUGGAAAGAAGAUAUUCACAGUGGGGAAAUUAAAAUUAAAAGUAAUGGAAAAAAAGUGCCACUGAAGACAAUGCGGUACUUUCCUUUAAAGCCAAGACUUCAAAGAUUAUACAUGUCUAGGAAUAUAGCUUCUUUUAUGAGAUGGCAUCAUGACUCAAGAGUGGAUGAUGGAGUAAUGAGGCAUCCGGCUGAUUCUAUGGCAUGGAAACACUUUGAUGAAAUUCACAAAGAAUUUUCUUCCGAGCCUCGUAAUGUAAGACUUGGUCUUGCAAGUGAUGGUUUCCAACCAUUUAAUCAAUCCAAAACAUCAUACAGCAUUUGGCCAGUAAUACUCAUUCCAUACAAUUUGCCUCCAUGGAUGUGCAUGAAGGAUUCUAAUUUUAUUUUAUCAAUUCUCAUACCUGGUCCCGAGGGUCCCGGUGAUGCAAUUGACAUCUAUCUUAAACCUUUAAUAGAAGAGUUAACGGAAUUGUGGGAAGUAGGUGUUGACACAUUUGAUGCUUCAACUCGUCAGAACUUCAAAUUGCAUGCAUCAUUAUUGUGGACUAUUAAUGAUUUCCCAGCUUACGGGAAUCUAUCUGGUUGGAGUACUAAAGGUAAAAUGGCAUGUCCUCGUUGUAAUAAGGACACAUGUUCUAUGUGGUUAUCCAAUUGCAGCAAGCAAUGCUAUAUGGGUCAUCGACGUUAUCUUCCUAGCAAGCACAAAUGGAGGAAUGAUAAAAGUUUAUUUGAUGGAACAAGGGAGUUGAGGCCACCACCAAAGUCAGUUUCGGGAAGUGAUAUACUUGCUCAAGUUAGUGAUCUUGAAGGAAUCACAUUGACUAAAGAUGUCCAAAAAAGGUGA